AUGUCCAACUCGCCGUCCGUUUCCGAAGAUACCUUGCCUAGUCCCCUGGUGACACCUGCUACACCUGCCCAACAUGAUUGCUCCAAUACGGUCCAUGAAGGUACCCCACGUCACCAUUUACGGGCGCAGCAUCUGUCUCAGGGGCCUAGUGAGGGUUUCUCACCAUCGCGCGCCGAAUCCCCUACCGCUCAUUCCUGGUCUCAGCCCGCAUCCCGACUAUUUACUUUGAAAAGAAUCGCUACCACACCUCCGGACACUAUCGCGCAUCCGGAUAGUGUCUACCGACCUCAGUUGUCUGAACGGGAUAGCAUUUUCGCUACUCAUUACCUUCCCUCAGAAAGUUCCGCAAAUACCCCACAAUUACCCCCCGAAAAGGCCUUGGGCAAUGAACGCCAGGUCAACUUGAUCCCUAGCCUCGACGAUGCAUCCGUGUCUCCAAGUGCAUUCUCCAAGGUCUCUCCCCACCGUUUGAGCGUCGACCCUUCCCGCAUGGAAGUUGACGUCAACAGAAACUCUCCAUUGCGUUCCUCUGCUCUCUUUUCAACCACCGAUCUUCCCCGGCUGUCUCUCCUGCGCGCAUCGACCUCACCGACUGAUCACGCAAAUAAAACGGAGGUAGAGCCAGGCGUGCAGGCUCACUUGGGAGCAUCUCAGCGGUACAAGGUGUCAUUGAGUAACACAGGUACGAAAACCAGUUGGUUUCAAGGGACUUUACCUGAACGGAAUCCCUUCCCGUCCACACUAGAUGAUGUCUCUCGUACCACCCACUCUUUGACCAUUCCAUCCUCUGGCCACGACGGCUCGCAGGCCAAUCGGGAUCUCUUAUCCUACAGUCCGAAAGAAGACAUCCCUCAGACUUCGGUUGAACGAAGCCCCAGCAGAGGUCGUCGUGGCCGAGUUGACAGCUCAAUUGAAGCCAAUUUGACCAAUGCGGAGCCGGCUUCCAAUGUCCGCAGCCGUAAGUCCAGCCAUUAUCUGGGUCUUUUCAAAGAAAACACCGCUUCUUCACCGGAUCGCAAACGACGGGAGGAUCGUUGCCGACCACAAGAUGAGACGUUGGGCCUGAGGGAUCGCAACGUGGAUCAUGAACAAGAAGCACAUCGUUCAGAACAGGAAACGUCGCUUCGUAAAAGCACAUCGCUCUCCGCACUUGACGACGCUCCGUCAUUCCAACCUCCAUCUCCGGCGGAGACGCUCCAGACCACACAGGGCGAUGAGCCCUCCAAGCGUCGCCCCACAGCGUUACCUCGCAACUUGCUGGAGGAGAUCCGGAACUUUCAUCUUACACCUGGCGGUAGCCAUGGAUCGUCUUUCUCGAAAAGUAUUCCAACGCAAUAUUCCGAGCGCAGCCGUGACUACUUCCAGAAGGAUUCGCACGUCAAGGUAUCCCCGUCGGACUCGUUCGAGGAAGGGGAGCGUGGGUCAGGGCAAUUUGGGGUUGAAGAGGAAGAAAAUGAGCAGAUCUCUUCUGCCGUGUACUUCCCCCACGAGCGUACGGUGCCGGAUGGGAUUGAUGACCUACAACAAUUUCCCGAUGGUCCUCUUGAUGUACAGCCAGGUCAACUGCCGGCUGCGGAGAAAGGUCAUGAGCUAAUGUUAGUACCUCAAGAGCGUAGCGAUUCUCCCGAAAAGGAAAUCAGCCAUGUGGAUAUAUCCUUUCGAUCUAAGAAUGAAAGUAAGAUCCUAUAUGGCGAUAUCCAUUCUCCACGAGAGAACGUGCCAGAAAAGUUGAGUACCAUCUCUGAAUCCGGCGAUUCAAUCUACGAUUCCGAAGUCGAGCCCCAAUCAGCCGAUGAAAGUAUACAUUCUGUUGACGAGGUGGAAACACUGUCUGCCACUCCGACCCAGCGUUCCCAGCUUCUUUCUCGCCCCAAACCCCCGCAUCCGGGACCUCUUGGUGCCGUGGAAUUAAAGCCCUAUCGUCACCAGGUUGGGGGGCACACGACCGUUUUCCGCUUUUCCCGACGCGCUGUAUGCAAGCAACUGAACAACCGAGAGAAUGAGUUCUAUGAACGCAUUGAACGGAGACACCCAGAUAUGUUGCUCUUUCUUCCCAAAUACAUCGGGGUGCUGAACGUCACCUUCUCGAAAACAUCGAAACGGAAGGAUCAGGUUGAUUCUGCCGAUGGAACAAUUCCAGAGACGACACCUGCCAAUGGAACUUCAGCGCUCAGUUCUCAGCUUCUCGAGGCAGCAGAGUCACAAAAGCCACAGCGAAUUGUUAGCCAGUCCCAAGUCACAGGGGUCAUCCCCAAGGUCAUUCUGGAAAACAAUCGCCACAUCAUUCCUGCCGAUCUUUUCACGCAGCAGCAACGACCACGGACAGCAGAUGCUUCAAUAAACCGCGCACGAUCCGUUGACUGCUUCCAGGGCAUGUCAGCGGAAUCUGAUAAAUCGGCUCUGAGCAAGCGGGCCAAGAUCUGGGGCGCCACAACCGUCAAUCUCAAGCUUCAGGAGCAGGUUCUCCGCGAGGUAUUUAGCCCUCCUGCCAUUCAUCAUCAUCGAAGGCAUGCUCGUGGUCAUGUCCAUCUGCCAAGAGCUAAUUCCGACAUGCCCGCCACCGCCCACCGCCGAGAGAACUUGUCAGAAGACCGCACAGCUAGCCAUCGACGACCAGUCCCUGGGCCAAUCGCGGCUUUGCAGACAGAAGUGAUUGACAUCAACCCGCCCCCUAGUGAAGCGCCUGCUCUUUCAUCGUCGGCAUCAACUGCCCUAGACGCCAAUCAAAAUCGCCUAGAGAAGAUCCGGACUGAAGCGGAACCUAACCGAGCGAACUCGGUCUCUCGGAAUCAUCACACAAGACGGCGGCAUUCCGGGAGUGGCCUCCGAAGACGUGGCAGCAUGGGAUCUCGCAACAAUGGAGAACUCAUGUUCUUCGAUGACGAUGGUUAUGGCGGCGACAAGGAGGAUGACAUUUUCUCCAUGGAAGCCGAUGCUUCAAUGUCGAAUACACCUUCCACCACGAAACAGUCGGCUUCGCCAGCGUCGGAAAGUAACUCGACCAAUGGCUACCAUGCAACCGAAGCUUUUGCUUCUAGUAGAACGUCCGAUCCCGCCUGCCUUGGACCACAACAGCCUAUAAACCCGAUCUUGCCCAGCAACCCUAAGGAGGCACAGCUGAGAAAGGACGAACGAGUACAGUUCUUUCUCCUCCUUGAGGACCUAACAGCCGGUAUGAAUAAACCAUGUGUUCUGGAUUUGAAGAUGGGCACCCGACAGUAUGGUAUCGAGGCAAAUGAGAAGAAGAAGAAGUCUCAGCGACGGAAAUGCCAGUCCACUACUUCGCAGCAGCUGGGUGUGCGGCUCUGUGGCAUGCAGUCUUGGAAUGUCAAAAAGCAGGAGUACAUCUUUGAAGACAAGUAUUUUGGACGCGACUUGAAAUCUGGUCGUGAGUUCCAGGAUGCGCUCACUCGGUUCCUUUACGACGGCGUCAACUAUGCCAGCGUUGCCAAAAAGAUCCCUAUCAUUCUGGAGAAAUUAGCUAUGUUAGAGCACAUGAUUCGACAGCUGGAUAGGUACCGGCUUUAUGCUAGCAGUCUGUUGAUUCUUUAUGACGGAGAACCACAAUCCUCCCCUGAGCAAGGACUGCCUCGCUCUGGCGAACCUACCUCCUUCAAACAACGAACCCCCAAAGACGGCCAGAGCAGACUGGAUGUUCAACUGAAGAUUGUCGAUUUCGCUAAUUGCGUCACUGGCGAGGACAAACUUCCUCCAGAUACGCCAUGUCCACCUCACAACCCCCACGACAUUGAUCGUGGAUACCUACGUGGCCUGCGCACACUCCGGAUGUAUUUCCAGCGGAUCAUGAAAGAGGUCAGUCUGGACGAAUUUGUGGAACGAGGCGAAGGUGAAGCCAUCGCGCUGGGGUCUCAACCUGCGGCUCGUGAGCGGCCCUCUGCUCAAUAUUGGGAUGAGACUAUGAUGGAAACCGAUGCCGGCGAAGUCAGUUUCUAG